AUGGCCAGCCCAUCGUCUAGUGCGCCUCCCAAGCGCAUUCGUCUAAGCCUAGCCUGCGAUCAGUGUCGCAAGCGCAAGGUCAAGUGCGACACAGAAAUCCCAAAAUGCCGGAAUUGCUGGCUGCGGGACGAGGUCUGCGAAACAACAGACCCGCGCUGUCCAGACGCCGGCCCCAGUGUUCGACGAUGGGCGACCAAAGAUGGCCUUCUUCCAGGUCGCAACUCCAAUGCCACCCAUCAAAACCAGAAUCAAGGAGCCAGCCACGCUACGACUCCAUCUGCUACCAUUACAGCCUCUUCUUCAGAGCAGAAUCACCAAAGCACUCUAUCGUGGGCUUCUCGUCGCUAUCAGGAGAUAAGGGCAGGAAAUGGAAGAGACAGCGGCGCACAAGAUUUCGAUCCUGACUGUGUAGUGAAUACGGAUGUUAGUUCUGGAAAGGUCAAGUACGUGGGUGGCAGCAAUUUGCAAGCUCUCGCAAUGUUUGUCGACCUAUACCUGCGUCGCAAUGGUCUACAGGACAUGUCGUCUAGUUUUCGGCACGGCAUGCAUCAUGUUGAAGAGUUUUCUCUGGCACCAGAGACGGUCAUUCCUUCUCUACCAGAUUCACAAUCUCUCCAGGUGUACUUAGAUACGUUCUUUACCAGGAUCUGGCCGAUCUAUCCCGCCGUGGACCGGUCAAGUGUAGAGGCGGAUAUUGAUUACUUCCACCAACUAGAGCAGUCCAGUCCAGGUGGAUUGCGAGGUGGCCUGACUUCUACACGUAUUCCUCAGCUUAUUGUAAUAUUCUCAAUCAUCACACUUGGUGCCGAUGAAGCUGCAGGAGAGCCCACAGAAUGGGGCGGUACAUACCUUAGUGCAGCCUAUAGUCUCUUCGCGCAUUUGAUCGCGUCACCUUAUCUCACAAGUGUUCAAGCAUCCCUACUGCUUGCGGUUACUUUACGGCAUAGAUAUAAAGAUGGACAGGCUUGGCACGUUCUGGCACAAGCAAUCAGAAUUGCGCACUCGAUUGGUCUCCACCGCAACAUCCGGUCUCGGUCAGCUUCAGCAUCCCGGCCUAUCAACCUUACCGGCACCCAAGCCCAUGUAUCAACUCAACGACGGAUCUGGUGGUCUUGCUAUGCCUUGGAAAAGGUAAUGGAGCUAGAGUCAGGGAGGCCGUCGGCAAUAAAUGAUGAUGAUGUGGACCAACUCCCUCCAGAUGAUUUUCCAGAGGUCUUCUCUGAGUGGAUCAAACUCUCGCGGAUAUUCGGUCAGAUUACCAGAGAUGUUUAUCGACAGCACUCAAGCUCUGCGUCACAUCUUUUGUCUAAAAUUGGGAGGCUUGACCAGCAACUCUCCGAAUGGGUAAAUGCGACUCCAGAAUACUUGAAGCCCGGGCACGGCCUUUUCACUAGCCAGGGAAUCGCCCGACAGUCAGACCAGCAACACAUAUCGAGCUUCAUAGCCCUACAGUAUUACCAGGCGCAGAUAACUCUGCUACGCGCUUCUAUCGUGUUCUCUACGCAUUCCUUCACCGCGGAGGUGAAUAGAUUAGACCCUACUCUUCCAUCACGUGUGCGGCUACUACAAGCAGAGAAUAUUUGCAUUGCCGCUGCCCGUGCCAUCGUACAACGGACAUUAGAACUGGCUGACCACAGCAUCCAAUCGCUCGCACUAGCCGCCACGCAGCUAUUGUUGGCGAUCGUUACUCUUGCUCUACAUAUCCUCAAAAACCCAAGGAAACUCAUGGUCCGGUCGGAUUUGGAACUGCUCAAAACCGCUGUAAAGCAUGCCGAAGCGCAGUUCAGCCGAGGUGGACAGCCAUCUGGCUUCAUACAUGGAUUGCAGACAUUGCGCAACGGCGUAUCUGCCGCAGUCGAGCUUGAACCUGGUUUGAAUGCAGCAAGGUCAAACUCAGUUUUGGACGGUCGAUGUGACCAUGGCACAGCGACAGAUGGCCGUGAUGCAAUGCCAUUGUUCACAGACCAAUCGCUUUUGAUGUCGGGCUUUAUGCCAGAAGCUUCUCUAGCUGGACUUUCUGAAGAUAUGGGAUUUGAAGAGCUUUGGGGAUCUUUAGGCACGUAUCCUUUCACGGACACUGCUUUACCGAACGAGCCCUUGUUAUAG